GUCCAUAGAAGAAGAACCGGGAGGUUUGUGUCCGUAGAGAACGAUCGAUGCGCUGAGACUGUGUUUAUUAUUAACACAUUAACUUUAUAAUUAGCUCAGUCUUUGCCUGUUAUUGUAAAUACCCGCCAGAGGACCGGGGAUCUUGUACGGGAGGAGAUGUACCGGGGUCGGCCUCCCCCGAAAGGAGGCUACGGGCAGCCGUUGGAAGGCCGCGGUCUGCCGCCUCCGAGGCCCUACCCAGUACCGGCCUACAGAGACGACCGGAACCGGCCCAGACCUCCCUUCCACCCCGGCUUUCACGAACAAGGACACUCGGACUCGUACCACCGCUCCCCGCCGCGCAGGAGAUACCCUUCCCCCGGGUUAGGCCACCGAGGCGGGGAGUACUGGGCCGGACGUCCGCCCAGAGAGAGGUCUCCAUCUCCUCGAGGGCCGGGUCCCAUUGACCACAACUUGGUCAUCACCGUUGGCAAUGAGCUGACUGGACCUUCUGGCUCCGCCGCUUCACGCCAUCAUGACAGAGAAUACCCUCCUCAACCUGAGUACGAGCGGAGCAGGGGCCGGAGCCCGGAUCGGAGCCGGGCCAAGAGUCAGGGACGGAGCAAGAGCCGGGGCCGCAGUCCGGAUCGCAGCCGGGAUAAGAGCCGGGGCCGCAGUCCGGAUCGCAGCCGGGAUAAGAGCCGGGGCCGCAGUCCGGAUCGCAGCCGGGAUAAGAGCCGGGGCCGCAGCAAAAGCCGUAGUCCGGGCCGGAGCAGGAGCCGCCCUCGCUCUAGGUCCAGGGGGCGAAGCCAGGGGCGCAGUAAGAGCCGACAGAGGAGUCUCAGUGCGAGCAGCAGCAGCAGCAGCAGCUCGAGCAGCGGAGACAACAAAGACGUGAAGACAGGGAAAGAGUUCAAAGAGCUGGAGACCGCCCGACGCAGGAAGGAGCUGGAGGAGAUGCUGACUCUGCCCACGAAAUCCAUCCUGAAGAAACGCACUGACUCCGAGGACUCACCCUCACUCAAGAACAACGAUUCCCCCAGAGGUCCGGAGGGCUCCAACAUCUCCCGGGUGGCCGACCAGCUGCUGCUGGCUGUAAAAGGCAUGGAGCCUCACAUGGUGGCCUCCAUGCUGUCAGAGCUGCGGUCUGACCCUCAGAUGGCUCACCGCGCCGGCCUUGAUGCAGAGAUCAAAGAGAUCCUACACCUUCUGGGGUCAGCGGAGGGCAAGGCUCAGGAGAAGGUAGAUGACAUCGACGAUGAGGAGAAGUUCCUGUACGGAGACUCGGAGGAACCCAAACCUCUGCUGGUGCCCGAGCCCGUCCGACACCACGGGCUGGACUUGUACGGAGAGGUGACGGAGGAGGCUCUGUACGGAGACCCACAGAAACACGUCCUUGCCCAGAACUACGGCCUCCUGCCGGCAGCGUCGUCUCACCUUCAGGCUCCGCCUACAGAGGUGGAGGUGAGGUACGCGAGCCGCCCCGCUAUCAUCCCUGACCAGAACACCACGGUCCAGGUGCUGAACUCCUCGCUGCCGGGGAUGGAGCCGAUGGAGGAGGGCGAGCGCCAGGCGCUGGAGGAGUAUGAGAAGAUCCAAGACCUACUGAAGACCAUCGGUCUGGACCUGGGCGUGACUGAGAUCAGCAAGAUGGCCGCACGAACCAAAGAGCGUCUCCAUGGAAACAAGCCGGCUCCCAAGACUCCCACUCGCAGCAGGCGGUACUCCUCCGCCAGCUCGGAUGGCAGCCGGGGCUGCGGGAGGCGGAGCCACAGCAGCAGCUCCACCAGCGGCAGCAGCCGUAGUCGCAGCCGCAGCUGCGGGCGGGGGGGCAGCUGGAGCAGCAGAAAAAGCUCCGCGCCGCAUAAAUCUCACCAAGACUGCAAACAGUCAACAUCCGGACAGAGCGCCGCCCUGCCGCCGCCACCAACCCCCGACCACAACAUCCUCCCUGGGGUAUCCAUCCCUCCCUACCCCCCCUCACAGGUCCACGGCCUCAUGCCCCCCAACUUCCCCCCGCCCGGCUACAGCCAGUACGGAAACUACCUUCCCUACAUGCACCAGCAGUGGCCGCCCAUGUACCCCCCCCCGACCAUGGCAGUGCCCCCUCAAGUCGGCCUGGACGAGUUCCCCCCCGCUCCUCCCUACAAACAACCCUACGGCAUACUGGCCCCGGAGCCGGGGGCCAAAGCUGGGUCAGGUCCCAUGAAGACUUCUGAGCCCGAGAAGGGGAACGUCAGCAGAGUGUCAGAGGAGCAGAACAACGAGAGCCAGAAACAAAAGGUCCUGGAGGAGAGGGAGAAGCUGAAGCAGGAGCGAGACGUCCGCAUGAAGAAGAAGGAGUACCUGAUGAAGGAGCUGGAGAGGCUCCGGAAGCAGCAAGGAGAGCUCCUGAGGAAGAAGCGGCGGGAGAAGGGGGGCCACAAGGACCCCUUGCUGCAGGAGAUCAGCCACCUGCAGGAGGAGGUCAUGGCUCAGAUCUCUAACCUGCGCAAAGAGCACGAGGCCGCCGAGAAGAACCGCAACGAGAUUGAGAAGAUUGCGCUUAUCCUCGGCCUGAUCCCGUCCGACAGGCCACGCAGGACCGCCAAGCUGCCGGUGGAGCCGCCGCCACCAGAGAAGAAGAAAUGUGAGGCGCAGAGGAGUCCUGAGGGCCAGCGAGCCGCCAGCAGCUCCACCACAAAGACCUCGGCACCGGCGUCAGGAGUGUCUCCAGACGAGCUGUCCGGCGACGCCCCCCCGCCCCCGGAGCCCUUUGAGUACUAUGAUGCUGGAAACCACUGGUGCAAAAGCUGUAACGUCACCUCUGGAUCCAUGUUUGACUAUUUCACCCACUUGCACAGCAAAACGCACCGAAAGACUCUCGACCCGUACGAUAGACCCUGGGCCUCCACCCCUACCAAGAUCAUCAAGAACCUGAAGUCUGAGGAGAAGCUGACUAAACCCGCUAAAGGUUCUGAGUUCCUGCAGCCCGUUAGAGGGUUCUUCUGCCUGCUCUGCAAACAGUUCUAUGGAGACGCCAUCUGUGCAGAGGAGCAUGUCACUACCCACGCUCACAACGACAAGUACAAGAAGCAGAUGUACGAGAACCCUUUGUACGAGCAGAGGAGGAACCUGGACCGGCAGGCCGGACUGGGCUCCGAGACCAGCGGGAAGAAACGAAAACACGAGGAUGAGGACAAGCGCAACAGGGACGAGAAGUCCAAACACAAGAAGGAGAAGAGGGAGAAGAAGAAGGACGAGGAGCCCAAUGUGGCUCAGGAGGAGAAGAUUAAAAAGGAGGAAGAGGAGGCGAAGCCCUGCAAGAGAGCGGAGGAGUUGCAGAAGGCCAAAAGCCUGGAGGUGGUGAGGCCUUUGCCCGAGGAGAAGUUCAAAGGCAGUAGGAAGGAGGAGAGGCAUCGCUCCAGCAGAGAGGAGGAGGGGGAGGAAGAGGAGGAGGAGGAGCGAGGUAAGCACAGCAGGAAGGAGGACCUGGACAGGUGCAAACACAGAGAGGAGGAAGGUCAGCGUCGGUACCGCAGGGAGGAGAAAGACCGGUACGACAGCCGGCCCAAACACGCUCCCCAUUCAGACUUCAGGUCCAAACCGCAACCCCUCGAUCCCCCCAAAGUCCUCUGCGGGCCCAGCCCGGCCAUGAGGGCCAAGCUCCGCAAGCAAAGCCUGGAAACUGGCAGACCGCCUCCGGCCGCCGCGCCUUCAUUCGGGAAGUUCACGUGGAAAAGGAAGGAGAGCGUUCUGGCGAAGGAGGCGGAGAAGGUCGCUGCAGAGUUCAUCAAAGAGGACGAAGCGGCCGCUGGGCGCAACCCGGUGUCAGCGGAGGAUUCUUUCGCUCGAUCCAUGGCUGUUGCCAAGGAGAUAGCCGAUAAGCUGGGCGGCCACACCACCACGCCCCCUUGGGUGUACAACCGGGGGCGGAUCCGGCCUAACCUCCCUGCGCCCGCCGCUGUCCUGAGGAAGACCAACCUGGCGGGAAAACCGGCCCCGUUAAAUACCUUCCUCUCCAUCCAGAACGCCGGAUUGCCAGGACCGCCCUCAUUCAGCGAUGGUCUCAUAAGGGCUCUCAAUGCCCGGAGUGCACUGCUGGAAAAUAAACCUCGGCCACUUGCUGGUCCACCGGGGAUCUCCGAGGCAACACCCCCACCUCCGGCGUCGAGACCUGCACCAUCGGAGGCUAGACCUGCACCAGCAGUUUGUAAACCAGCACCACCUAAACCUCCACCUCCGGUUUGUAACCCUGCACCACCAGUUUCUAAACCUGCACCAAUCGAGACAAAGUUUGCACUACCUGAAACUACACCUGUGGCUAAACCAGCACCACCGUCAAUGAUGGAGAUUGUGUCGGACGUGGCGGCUCCCGGUGUCCCAGAGGGCGAACAGACUCGCAUGGUGUUUGUCAAGCCUCCACCUUUCAUGAACAUGGGCGACGGCCCUCAGAAGCCUGAGAAGCUGAGGAGCAACCUGGCUGCAGCUAAAGCUCAGGACUUAUUCAACAUCUUCUACAGCAAGGUGGACCAAUCGGCAGCCUCCUCCAUCACCAAACCAGCCGCGGACGCCAGCGCCGCCGCGAGCAGCACCAAUAAAAGUUGCUUUCCUGCCACGCAACCACCAAAACCUCAACCUGCGCUUCUAACUCCGGCCCAACCUCCAUCUGAGGUCCGCAGAACUCCACCACCAGGCUCACAGAGUCCCCAAACCCAGCAGGAGCCGGUUAUUCAAAUUGAAUCUGUUUGGUCUUUGCAGCCUCCCCCGGAUCCGCGGACUGAAACCCAGCCAGGACUGGGCCCACCUGUCCAGUCCAAGGAUCAGAGUGGACCACAGAACCAGAUCUCCACUCCUACUUCUCAGUCCCAAACCAAGCCUGCUGAGAUGGAACCAACACCUCAAACGCAGUGCCCUCAAAUCCCCACAGACACCCAACCAGACCAGAACACCCAGUCCCCACUUCAUCUAGAGACCUGUCCUGACACCGCUCCGGAACACGCUCCCAAGCCAAGCCCCAGAACUAGAGGCAAGGCAACUCCAACAAAGAGGACCCCCCCUGCCCCCUGCCCCGUCCGGCAAACUCGAUCUCAAACCAGAUACCAGACCCGCCAGCAGAGCCAGUCUGAGCCUGAGCCGGCUCUGGGAGAUUCUGACUCGGUGCAUUUGGAGCCAAACGGUCCGGACUCCACGGAUCCGGGCGCCGGGUUGCUGCUAGAGGAGGGCACGCCUAGCGGGGAAGACACUCCUCUGAUGGAGAUCACCAGUGAGACCCUGGGCCUCCCCGCUGACAUGACCUCCCUGAACUUUGACUACGAUUUUAACUUUGAGUAGCGGGGGACCUUGAAGCCCGGAAGUGUCUGGUCAGGAAUGGACUGGACUUUAAGACGAGAAAGAUUCUGACAGACUUGGCUUUUAAAGAUUCGCAUUAUCGGUUUGAGCUGGUUUGACCUUUUUUAGGAAGCCUUCUAAAAAAUAAGAGGUCGCCGAACAACCCCAACAGAUCCCAUGAGUGUUUGCUCAAGACUUCACGGUUCUUAACGUGGUUCUGGCUGAGAACGUUUCAGAGCUGGAAGACCAGUAACGGGGCGAGAAGGCUGAAAAAUGAGCAGUCAGGUUUAUUUUUUCAGAUGUUCCGCUAAUCUUUCUUGUAGAUAACUUUGAUAUUUUUAGUUUGUGACACACGGAAAAAAUACCCCGGAGCUCAUUUAAAAGUGAAACCACAUGUUCUGUUGCCAACGUUGGGGGGUUUGGACCAAACUGAGUGGAUCAAAUGUGAACGUGUCUCCUUGUCCCUGUGCCUCCUUGUCCGCAUGUCUCCUCAUCCGCAUGUCUCCAUCUCUCCAUGUCUCCUCCUGCAGGUACAGUACCCCUGAAUCCCUGUUUUUCUACACUGUUAAUUGCUCCUCUUUUAAAACCAGUCUGACCAAAAGCAGCUCAGUUGUUGGUUCUCAUGUUGGCUGAAGAUCUAUGAUCUGAUUCCUGUAGCAAUGCAGCAGGUUUGGGUUUGAUGCACUGAUCUGGUCAGUUGUGAGAUGAGUCUAUUGCUUUGUGUAAAGAUUCAAUAAAAGUUAGUGGAGAAACAGCA